GUUGCACGUCCCAGCCCUGAAGUUCUGUGGGUGGGGCGGGCUUUAAUUUGCUUAUAUCUAAUGAUUUCAGGAGCCUCGCUUUAAAAUGGCGGCAUUCAGUACGCACCCCUGCUAGAGGCUCUCCCGGCACCGGGGCCACCUCGCGCAGCGCUGCUUUUGCUUCUGCCGCUAACAGAUGGCAUGUGCCGCUGCCGCUGCCCCCGCCGCUGCCGCUGAGAGCGGGACCCCUUAGCCGCUGGGUUUGCGCUAGCAGCAGAAGGUUUCUGAAAAGUGCCUUUUCUGAAAACUACUGCUUGGAUUCCACUCUAGAACUGUCUCUUUAUGACCCCCCCCCCGACCUGUCCCUCUCCCAACCUGGUGUGCUUGUAGUUCACUCUCAGUAACGUGCCCAUUCUUUUUUCCCUUUGAUUCUCCAUUUUCACGGUCAUUUUCCCUCCUCCUGAUUUUGCAGCAAUUUUUUUUUACAGUCCUGACAUCCUUACCAAUAUUAAUCAUUAAAUCAAAGAAAUAGGAAGAAAAAGUUUUCUCCCCUUGAUCUGAGACCAUUCCACAAAUUGAAGGGCAGCCACCAGCAUAUGCUUUUUGCACGAGUAAUUGAAAACAUCAACCGGAGAGCAUAGGAUUCUUUUGAAAUCCUGCCAGUUAUUUGAAGGAACUUCAGCAGAGGAACAAAUUAAACACUCAAUAUCUUAACCUUUCUGGUUGCCUUCUUAGGAGUUGGUCUCUAAUUUGAUUUUUAGUUACUCCGGUACAAGUUUUAUUUUGUGAUUGGCUCUUUGUUUGACUAGACCAAAUUUUGGCUUAAAUGAAAACCUAAGUGCUAACAAAGAAGCAUUUCACCAAAGCAACCUGUUAUCUCUUCACAUUUAGCUUGAAUUCAUUUUUGACCUUUUAACAGCAGUAAAGCUGUCCUAGAGAGGGUGCCCUUGAUUUUAACUUUGCUUUCAAUAUGACGGCUGUCAAUGUCACCCUGGUUCGUGACACCAAGUGGCUGACUUUAGAAGUCUGCAGAGAAUUUCAGAGAGGAACCUGCUCGCGAGCUGAUGCGGAUUGCAAGUUUGCCCAUCCGCCGAGGGUUUGCCACGUGGAAAAUGGUCGUGUGGUGGCAUGCUUUGAUUCUUUAAAGGGUCGGUGUGCUAGAGAGAACUGCAAGUACCUCCACCCUCCUCCACACCUAAAAACGCAGCUGGAAAUUAAUGGACGGAACAAUCUGAUUCAACAGAAGACUGCCGCAGCCAUGUUCGCCCAGCAAAUGCAGUUUAUGCUCCAGAAUGCUCAGAUGGCAUCACUUACUUCUUUUCCUGUGAAUCCACCACUUGCAGCUAAUCCUGCCAUGGCUUUCAAUCCUUACUUACCUCAUCCUGGGAUGGGCCUGCUUCCUGCUGAACUUGUACCGAAUGCACCUGUUCUGAUUUCUGGAAACCCGCCUCUCGCAUUGCCAGGAGCUGCUGGUCCCAAACCGAUGCGUUCAGAUAGACUGGAGGUUUGCCGAGAAUUCCAGCGUGGAAACUGUACCCGUGGUGAGAACGAUUGCCGCUACGCUCACCCUACAGAUGUUUCCAUGAUCGAGGCGAGCGAUAAUACUGUGACCAUCUGCAUGGAUUACAUCAAAGGGCGAUGCUCCCGGGAGAAAUGCAAGUACUUUCAUCCUCCUGCUCACUUGCAAGCCAAACUCAGGGCAGCUCAUCACCAGAUGAACCAUUCAGCUGCCACCGCGAUGGCCCUUCAGCCUGGUGCACUUCAACUGAUACCAAAGAGAUCGGCGCUUGAAAAGACCAAUGGUGCGACUCCGUUCUUUAACCCCAGUGUUUUCCACUGCCAGCAGGCUCUGGCUGGCCUGCAGCUCCAGCCACCGGCAUAUAUCCCUGCAGGGCCCAUACUGUGCAUGGCACCCGCUUCAAGUGUUGUGCCCAUGAUGCACGGUGCAACACCUACCACUGUGUCUGCAGCAACACCACCUGCCGCCAGCGUUCCGUUCGCUGCAACAGCCGCAGGCAAUCAGAUACCCCCAUUAUCAAUAGAUGAACUGAAUAGCAGCAUGUUUGUUUCACAGAUGUAGAAGUUACCAGUAGAACAUCGAAAUUCUGAACAACAGAGCUAUGGAGUAUCAGGAUCUCUCCGUGAGAACCUCCAUAUGGCCUUUCUAUAUAUAUUCUCAUAGGUCUUCUACCAACACAAGAAUAAGUGUGGUACAGUCAAUAUAUUAAACAAAACCCACUUACCAACCAACAAAUUCAAACAAAAAUACAACAUUAACCCAUCAGUGCAGAUGUUAAAACAUGAAUAGAAAACUACCAUUUAUCUUAUCUGAAUUAUUAGGUAGAACAUGACUGUAACAUUUUGUCAUUUGUUGCAUUAUUCUUUGUGAUUUUCCAAUAACAAAUAUGCUGAGUGAAUCUCUACAGUGGACUGUUGGCUUACUGUGCAUUCUUGGUGGAUAAAUGUUCAUCUGUUUUGAAGUGUUACCUUACUGUUUUGUUUACACAAUAGUCUAUUGGGUUGAUUUAGAAUGUAGCAAAUGUAUCCAAUACCGUUUUUCCCACUAUUGUAUUGUAUUCUAUUGUAUUGUAUUGUAUUGUAUUGUAUUGUAUUGUAUUGUACUGUGGUGUGAUGUGUUAGGUUUUUACAUACUAUAGUGUUUUCCUCUAGAUGUGUGGUGUUUGAUUUCAACUAAAAUAUUACUAAUGGGAAGCAGAAAUAUCUGUGUUUAAAACCAUUACAGAUUAAUAUUAAUAUGCUUUCUCUCUCUUUAGAACAUGUCUGUAGGUUUCUUGGGGCAGACUUUUAAAAGGCCUCACUUUUGAGUGUGCUCAAAGCCUGUUCAUAAGCAUGCAUGUGUAUAAUUUGUACCUGCAGAUCUGACCUUGCAUAAUACAAUCACGUGAGUAGGUAUUUUUUGUGAGAGAGAAAUAAUUACCUGCAAAAAAACCCGGGAAACUUCUUGAAAUAUGAACCUCUAAUCUCACUCCUUAAGAAGCUUGCAAAAUUACAAUUUACCUGUAAGUGAAUUUCUCUGCAUUUAUCCUAAAAGAAUUAUGUAAGGUGCCCGUUACGUUUUUUGUGGUUCAAGGAUCCUAUCUCCUAGGUUGAGCAUCUAAAGCUGAGCCAUUUGUCAAAUUCAGCUGAAAAUUGUUACUUGGAGGCUUAAAGGUAUGCUAAUUGUAGGUUAUAAAUUAAACAGAGAGAUGGAGGGGUAGAGAUAGUUUUUACAUUUUGGAGGAAAGUGUGUAAAAAACCAUUGCAACGUAACCUUUUACACAAGUGCCAUUCUCUGAAUACAAAUGGCUCGUGCUCUUGAGACUUGUCUUUGAAUAAUAAGUAAGCUCCAAUCUUGCAAAAGUCAGGGUGAAGGAGAUUUGAUUCGAAGGGAGGCCCUUGUCCCCCAGAUGGACAGUCUUCCAACUGAUCACAGUUGGAGCCCGAGUAUGGGUUUGGAGAAAUGGCGGGGUGGCGAGGCGGGGUAGGAAGGCAUUUUAAAUUAUUCUCUGAUUUACUUAAAACUUAUAGGAGGGCUGUCCACGAUUGUCUUUAGCUUCCAUUCGACUGAAUUUCCAGUUCUGCUGACCCCUUCAGUGAAGGAGCAGGUGCCUAUGCCAAGUGCUGCCCUUCCCAGACUUGAUUGACAAGAGUCUCUCCUAUCAUAACCCAGCCAUUUGUUUGUUUCUUUAUUUAGGUCUGUUUGUUUUUAUAUGUAUUUGAAAAUUAUAAUAGAGAGGUUUUUAGCACCCUUUGGAUGAAACAGGCCAGCUAUACCCCAUAGAGCUGAGCUGAAUUCACAUUACUAAUACUUAUGAAAUAAUUUAUAACCAAGUAAAAUAGUGAUUCCUAUGGCAUGUGAUGUAGCUCCUCCAGGUACUCGGCGAUUAAAGUUACUAUUCUUACACCGUGCUGGAACCGUAGGAUAUAGUAUUUGCUACUAAAUAUUUAUUAUUUCACUAGAAAGCAUGCAAUCAUCAAAUUUAACAUGUAAACCAGGUUUAUUUUCCUGCAUGAAAAUGACAGGCAAAGAGAAAAUUCCCACUUAGGAUACCUUAAGCUGGCUAGCAGCAUUUGAAUCACAGAACGAUGGAGUUGGCAAACCCUUCUCACAAUCGAUGAAACCGAGGCCUAGGGCACGUGACCUGCUCAAGGCCACCUACCUACCUGAUCGGUGACAGUAAGACCCUGAACAACUCUCCUGACUUUCUGUUGUUCCUCUGUUUCACAUUGUUUGUGCUUCGGAACAUUUGAGACCCCAUCCCGAAGCAGAUCAAUAUAGCUCAGGAUACAAAAGAGCAAAAAAUAGCUGUUUGGUAUGUGAUAGCCUGUUGUUCUUAAUUCGCAAUCCCAGAUCCUGAUCAUCAGUAAUUUCAAGACAUUGUCAUCUGUUAACAGUAUUGCCUGGGGUUACAGAAUAAGAGGUGUCCUGACUUUUACCUGUUGAUUCCUUGAACCACUUAAUUUCUGUUUCCCAAAAUCUUAACAUUCUUAGAGAAGAAAGUAGUGUACGCCUUUGUGAAAUGACUUGUGUGUAGAGCUGAGUUUUGUGUAACUGUGCCAGUCCCUUUCCGGAAGGGCAGAGCUAAUCCCACAAAUCGGGGAAGGAUACACCUGAGCCAGACUGGUUGUAUUCCUUAAAGGGGUUAGAGAUGUUUUCAGUGCAGAACGAACUCUUUUUGUGUCAUUCGACGUUCCGCAAAAGCAUGCUGUCUCAUUUCACCUUUGAAACUCCUGGCGAAGAUGCACAUAGACAAGAAACCUAGAGAACAGCAGUGUUUCUGAUGCUGUGAGCACUGGAAGACAUCAGUAGUGACUUAUUUUUUAGUAAGAGGGUCCGUGAAGGAUAUUCAGGGUAGUUGUAGAUUUGGUGCCAUAAUAUUUGAUAAUGGCUGGCAUUUUACAAGUUGCUUUGUAAAUGAAUUUAAAGAAAGAAAACUCAAAGCACUAAAGUUUUGAUCAGAUGUGAAAGAACUUUGACAAAAAGGCAAUUUUAAGAUAGCACUCUUUAAACUAGUUGUGCAAUGUCUUAUUCAAAUUAUGUUUAUUCAAGAAAAGAAGAAAGGAAAGUCAUUAGACUAUAAAUUCGCAGUUCAAAAGCCAAGUCACAAGACUAAUCAGUGACUCUAAACAACAAUUUACUGGAUGAAUUGUAUAUAUUAAAUUCCAACCACUUGUGAUUCUUAGUUAACAUUUUAUAAGCUUUGUAUAUGACAAGGGCUUCUAUUCUUAUUUAUCCAAAAUUAUUGUCUUUGUCCACUUCUCUCACUCAGCCUUUUGCAAAAUUAGGCCAGAGUACUGAAACUUGGAUAAAACAGGUCAGGUAUACAGAGAAAAUCAUCUAGAAGUUAUCUGUUAAGAGGGUUUUAGUAGUAUCCAAAAUUUUUUUUUCAAAAGGCACUAUGUGACCAUAAGUAUAUUUUAAAGAGGGAUAAAGAUUAAAUUAAAACCAAAUGGAUUCAUAAAAUUGCUACUUAAAUACAGUAUUUACUUUGACAAUUGGAGCAUGAUUCUCUAACCAGCUGUUGCGUUUCAUCUCACUUGUCUAGACUAGAGUCUAAUUUGUAGUUCGUUGUCACGUGAAAAGCCAUCUUCUCCCUCCUCCAUCCACCUUCGCCAUCCGUUUUUUGAACAUGUGAAAGCACUUUGAUCUUGCCGUUAAGUGUUGUCCUCUUUUUGUCUCUUCUCCAUUUCUACACACGUUGAAAUAGAAGUAGGGAAAUCUGAUUCCCCAAUUCUGUUGAAUAGAUGUAGGAAGAUAGUGGCCUGAUUUUUCAUUGUACCAGUCAGUGCCUGUCAAAGGCACCGGAAUGAAUAGUAUCGAAAAGAGUGUCACAACUUUUUUUGCAAACUUAGUUGAUUGCGUCAUCAAACUGUCGAUUUAAUUACAAGAUCUGGGUUCUGAGCACCAAGUCACCGAUUGGUGCCAUGUUUCCAUUUUUCUUUUUUAGUUUUUAAGGUUUUCAUUUUACUACGUUUUUUGUAUCUAAGUAACUCAUGAACUUAAUUUUGAAGGAGAGUUAGAGAAAGUUGGAUUUUACUACAUGUAUUCAACCCACCUAGAUAGGUUUGACACUGAUACUGAAGCAUGACAACAUAGAGAUUAUAGUCCAUAGUUAUUCUUUACAGCUCACAGUUUAAGAACAAACUUAACUUUAUAUACAAAUAAUAAUUUUUAACUAAUUAUAUUUAGUCGUUGCUUGAGCAACAAAACUACAACAUGGCUACCUUUAGACACAUUUUUUUGAUAAUAAUUUUACUUGUAAACUAUACAUGGUUUUUGACAGUAUGAGCCUGUAGAAGGUACAGCUCAAAACUCAGAGAACAGAUCUAGCGGAAUUUUCCUUGAAGCCCAAAUUGCCACGCAAACGCUGAAUGUGUGUCCUUGUAUGACUUUUGAAUCAAAAAGUUUACAACACAUGGAUUCUAGAGUCAGCUUUAUAGCUUAUAGAAUUUGUUGUGUGGAUAGGGUUAUUCCACAGUGUUUAGACUUCAAAACACAAUUAUUGCAUUUGUAAUCUAUUACCUGACCUUUUUUCAUGACAUUGUGUUUUCCAAAUUACCCCGUGCAGGAGGCGUAGCUGUCACGGCAAAAAUUCUCUUUUCUGGAAUUGUGUACUCACACAAAUAUAUCCAAGUGAGGAUUGAAGAAUGAUGAAAGCCUAUUUUGAAAUGAAUUCCGAUUUGUAAAACCACGCAUAAAGAUACUGUGGAAUGACCCCUUAACAGUGUUUGAGAGGCAUAUGCUGCAGCCAACUGAUGGUCUCAGUUAGGGUGCGACUGUGUGAGAAACACCUUUUUUGCACUUAUGUACAUAGUCCAUGAACACUAUGCUUGGAGUUUUUGUUUUUUUAAUAUAAGAAAUCUGUGGUAAUAGUGGAAAAGUUAGUAAGAUAGAGGUAUUUCUAAGGCCUUGAGGAAGAGGGGGAUUUUGCUUAAGAAGUCGUAACUAAAGCCUGAUGUUGCUUUGCUGUUGCGGAAGCUUUCUGGUUUGCUACAGGUAGGUCACCAAAAGAAAAGACUGGUAACGGGUAACAGGUCAACUUCAGCUAAUAGCACUGACUGAAAGUGACAGUACUUCUUCUUUUACCAAGCAGGACCAGUAGCACAGAUUGUUUGCUUUUUAAAUUUACUCUCCAUUGUAAACACGCACACACACACACACACGCACACACACACGCACACACCAGGCAGGGUUCUGGCAAAGGUUUUCUUUUUUCAAUGGUUGCAAGCAGUAAAACACCCUGUAAGUUACAAGAUGGAGAGUUCCAUUCUGAUCAACAGAGAUGUCAUCUUUGAUAGAAAACUCCAUAUUGAGAGGUAUCAGUUACAUCAAUUAAUACCCAUUUCAGUGACAAUCAAAUUGUUAACAUUCACCACUGUUUCCCCCUUUAAAAUCCAUAUCCUAAAACCAAAUCGGCAACCAUUGAAAGACUUAAUUUAACAAUCAAGUGUGGCCAGCUUGGGGCAUUUCGUUCCCUCUGACAACAACAACAAAAUACCCCUGGCACAGCUGUUCAGUGGAAGCUGUUUUCUGACUUCCCUUUACCAGGUUAGAAAGUGCUUCACUGUGCCGCUACAGCCUCCCACUGCUUGACCUAACAGAAGAGAACCAGUCCCAAUCUUACAUAUGGAUCUGGAAAAGAAUGUUUUAACCAGACCGCCCCUGACAAUUGGAGCUCCCCUAUCACGUACCAGUCACCAUUUCACUUUUUGUCAUCUCCAGGCAAUGAGGUUAGAUGGAUGACCAUUGGUACUUGGAGUCUUUCACGUCUUGGGGUGUGUCACCCCCCCCCCUUGGAGAAGUUACCCACCCUGGGAUUAAGGGAGUUGGUAUUAGUAUCACUUACCCAUGUUGAUGGUCCUCAUUUACAGAGACAGGAAGAUACGCCAAAGCCAGCAAGCAACCAAGCCUUAACGGUUGUCCAAUAGCUCAGGGCCAGUUGGUUGGCAAUUUCUCUUUUUCUCCCUUCAGCCCUUAAUCAUUUAGAGUCAGCUGUACAACUAACAGCCCGACCAUCUGACCAGCAUUUCCACUGGUAUAAAAUGUAAGCAUUCAUGCCUUCUGUAGUUAGGGACUCCCAAGUCCAACCUCAUCGCCAACAUACUUUCCCAACUGACCCUGUGUUCUUGUGUUGACACUUCCUUGUGCAUCUGUACACCACGAGAAUACAUUGUCAUGAGGUCAAUAGACAUGUAAGAUUUUAAGUGAGGAAUCAUCUAUAAAACAGUAAGAAUGAACCUAGAAGCAUCACAAAAGAUAACCGAUUAAUUGAUGGCAUGUUGUGCACACUGACAGCCGUUGGGUCACGCUCUUUGGAGCUCAGACACAGUAGCUCUAUCUCAGUAAGUCAAAUUAGAGAAUGAAGUAGAGCAAAAUGUGAAUGACUCGAGGCCAAAAAGGGACCUUUGUUAUUAAACCCGGGAAAGGGUUCAGUUUGACUAGUUCAUACAGUUUCCAGAGCCUCCACCUGGCCUGGAAAGAACCAUCCAUUACUACUCCAAAGCAGGAUUAUUCCAGGAAAUUUGAUCUUUAAAUAGAACCCAUCCUCAAUUAUAGCAUCCCCGAAAGGAAAAAAUAUAUCACUAUAAAAUAAGCCACAACUAUUUGAAAGUAUUGCAAAAAUUCUCACCUUCUACAUUGUACACCUUCUACAUUGUAUUACUUUAAUUAAAAAAAAAUACCUCUGUAACAAGACCUAAAAGUAACCCAACUUUAAGCCAUGCUCUUUUCUCCCAAACACACAACCUAAAGAUUUAUCUGUCAUAGAACUGCAUGGUUGCAAAGCUUUAUGUCUGUAUACAGAUGCUAUUUGUUCAUGAUGGAAACCAAAUUAUUCUGUUGCUGUGUCUUUUGUGUCUAGCAGUUGAGAGAAUGAUCUGGCCAUCAUACCCUUGGGUUCUGGGGUUGCCCUUUUCAAAAUAAAUUUCCUUUUAUUAUUACUGUUAGUGCUUGAUUAUCUGCAAAUGAGCCAUUUGUUUUCACGGCCCCAAGUUACAAUCUUUUAAAUGUAAAGAUGUUCCUAAAUGUACUCUUUUUAAAAGAGCUUUCUGUAAUGUUUGUAUAACAACGUUCCAGUAUGAUGUAGAAAAUGGAAGCACACAUUUGGGGCAGAAGAAUGCCCAUUUUGAGAUACCCGUGGAGAAGAAAAUUAUUAGCCACAUGCAACAAUUAACAGUUUAAAUAAUGACCACAAUAGUUCAGAAAUGUAAACUGUUUGCAUCAUAUUUUGCCUCCAAAAUGCAAUAGUUCAUUCCCUCAACUGCUAUCAUAGGUUAGAUGCUUUGACUUUUUUUCUGUUCCCCCCCCCCCAAAUUAUAGUGCUCUACUGCUUGUUUGUGUUUAGAAGUGUGCAUUAUGCAGUCAUUUUAGUAUGCUACUUCUGCAUUGUUUAUUUUUGGUUCUUUUAAUAAAAUGUGUAAAUGUC